AAAACUUCCAUUUUCCCCUCUCUCUCAAAAAAAAAAAUGUCUCGAUUGCUCUCAAAAACCCUAAUCCCAACCGGAAGAUUCUUCCUCCUCCGUAAUUUCAACAACCCGGCCGCGAUUAAAACACCGACACCACCAAACUCCGUCUGUUUCAGCCGCCGCUUUUCAUCGAUACCACACCUCAUCGAGGUCGACAUCGAUACCAAAACCGAAGCCGAAGCCGCAAUUCUCAAGAAGCUAAACGAGUUCGUUAGAAGGAUCAUCGUCCAUAACUCGACCCCGGAUUGGCUCCCUUUCGCACCUGGCUCCUCCUUUUGGGUACCUCCUCAUCAGAUCACCGCCAAGAAGAUUGCGAAUUUGGUCGAUAAGGUCACUAAUCCGUUGACGGAGGAAGAGACUCUUUCUCUUUCGUCUCCUUUUGGUUGGCCUUCUUCCUCUUUCUUCAUCCCUCCUCCAGAUGAGUCAUCAUCAUCUACACAAGAGGUAGAAUCUACGACCAUGGAUUUGAAAAUCCCAGGGAAUGAGAUGUUAGAAGUCAAGUUAGCACAUUAUCCAGAUCCGAUUUACUUUUUCAAACCUGAAGAUGGGAAAGAGUGAGUUGAUCGAUACUUUUUUUUCCAGCGCUGAGGGGGCAGGACAUGCUUGGAGAAACAGAUUGUGACUGAGGUUGAAGCAGUUUGUUGUACAUAUGGGUUUGUGAGCCAUUAAGUUAUAUGAUGAUCUUUUGGCUGACUUGAUAUGCCUUGUUGACUUUAUAUAUUUUAUAAUUGACUUGAUAUAUAAUUUUAGCUUGGGGGCUUUCUUCGUCUACGUUUAUGCUCGAGUUUAACCGUUAUUACAAUCUUUCUAAACUCAA